AAAACGAAUCAUCACAAUCAUCAACAUUAAUGAAAAAUCAAUCAAUACCAACAAUGGAAAAUGUGAAAAAAAUGAGUCGUCUAAAACGAAUUAAACGUGAUAUGCAUCGUAUAUGUUUGCAACGUAAUCAACAACAAAAAUUUCGUGGUACCGAUUAUGUUGUACAAAGUGAUGAUUCUUGUCAUUCGGAAAAAUCAUUCAUAUCUACAAAACAAAAUUAUCAACAACUAACAAAUAAUAGCUCAAGUUUAGAUGAGAAUAAUAACGACAACAACAACAACAAUUCUAUUGAAUCAAUAAAAAAUAAUGAAAUGGCACCAAUAGCCAUUAUGGAUGAACAACAAAAUGAACCGAUUAUGAUGGCAAUCGAUAAUCAGCAACAACAACAACAACAACAAAUUAAGCCUAAAAUCCGUAUCCUGAAAACAAAAGCCAGUAAAACAAUUGAUUUAAAUAAAAAUGAUGAUAGCAGUGAUGAAAUGUCAACGGCAACAAUAACGGAUACGAAUGUAAAUGGCCGAUUAUCAGAAAUGGUUGAUACAACAACAACAACAACAACAGCAACAUCAACAUUGUUGCCAAAAGCACAAAAUUAUGAGGAUAUGAUGCGUUUACAACGAAUACAUCGAUUAUUACAAUAUCCAUUCUUUCAGAUUGAUUGUCAUCUUAAACAUGGUGAAAAUCUUUUAGCAAAAGAUUCAUGUGGUACUAGUGAUCCAUAUGUAAAAUUUAUGCUUGGAAAUAGAGUUGUAUAUAAAAGUCAAACAAAAUAUAAAACAUUGAAUCCAAUAUGGGAUGAAUAUUUUGUUUUACCAGUGGAUAAUAUCUGUGAACCAAUGACAUUGAAAGUAUUUGAUUAUGAUUUAUUUUUCAUGGAUGAUUAUCUUGGUACAGCCAAUAUUGAUCUAACAAAACUUGAACCUGGAAUAUCAACAGAUUUUGAACUUUAUCUUCAUGAUAAUAAUAAUAAUGCAAAUAAUAAUAUGCAAAAUUAUGAUUCCUCAUGGGGUAAAAUAGUAUUGACAAUCCGUUUGAAUCCAAAAACACAUGAAGAACGUGAAUAUUAUUAUGGACGUGGAAAAUGGACCACAAUAGCCGGAAUGGAUGGACAAACAAAUAAACGAAUCAAAUCACAGCUAUAUGAUUCAAUUGUAUCGAUUGUAUUGAUAAAAGGUGAUAAUAUUGAUCUAGAUCAUGAUUAUUGUAUACGUAUGAAAUUGGGAAUGGAAAAAUAUAAAAGUAAAACAGCCGUUAAAUCGGUACGAUCACCAUAUUGGGCUGAACAAUUUGAUCUACAUCUUUAUGCUGAUCAAUCAAAAGUAUUGGAAAUUACACUUGGUUAUUCAGGACAACAACAUCAUCAUCAACAGAAUAAUGAUUUUAUUGAUAAAGUUUGUACAGAUCUCAGUGAAUUAGAACCUGAACAUACACAUCGUUUUGUUUAUGAAUUCAAUACUAAUCCAAUGAUGGUUAAUCGUAAUUCAAUGACAACAUUGUCAAUUACAUCGGCAGCAUGUAAUUCUAGUAACAAUAAUAGUUUUAAUAAAUCAACAACAAUGAUGAUGGCUAGAAUUGAAAUGCUCGUUACAAUUACUGGUUUACAGUCAUCAUCAACAACUAAACAACAGCAACAAGAAACAUAUGAUAUGAUUCAAAUACAACAACAGCAACAACAACAACAACAGCCAAAUUCAUUGAAACAAUUAAUUUCACUUGCCAAGCUAAAGGACCUGAAUAAUUUUUAUGAAAAUUUUCUCGAUAUCGGUACAUUGAUCGUAAAAGUACAUAGAGCAGAAAAUUUAGCUGCAGCCGAUAUCAAUGGAAAAUCUGAUCCAUUCUGUGUUCUUGAAUUGGUAAAUGAACGUUUACGUACAAGUACUGAGUAUAAAACAUUGUCUCCUGUUUGGAAUAAAUUGUUUAAAUUUAAAAUUAAAGACAUACAUGAUGUACUUGAAGUGACCGUCUAUGAUGAAGAUAAAGAUCGUGUAGAAUUUCUUGGAAAAGUAGCGUUACCAUUAUUGAAAAUAAAAAAUGGUGAAAAACAUUGGUAUGCAUUGAAGGAUAAAAAAUUACGUCAUCGUUCUAAAGGCCAUAUUUUUCUGGAAUGCUGGAUCACAUAUAAUCAGCUAAAAGCAAGUGUUCUAACAUUUACACCAAGGCCUACAAAAUAUGUACAGAAUGAAAUAAAAUUCAAACGUACAUUAUUCAUACGUAAUGCAAUGAGAUUGAAAAAUAUAUGCUUAGAAUUUGUUGAAAUUGGACAAUUCUUACAUUCAUGCAUACAAUGGGAAUCACCGACACGAUCAAUAUUUGCAUUUAUCACAUUUUUAGCAUCAGUUUAUUAUUUUGAAUUCUAUAUGAUACCAUUGGUCAUAUUGUUGUAUAUAUUAAUGAAUUAUAUUGGUAUUCGAUUUCAUAAUUAUUCCACAAGAAAAGUUGGCCAUAAUCAGAAUUGUAUUAAUAAUAGUAAUAACAACAAUGAUGAUUAUUAUAAUGAUGAUGAAUAUAUCGAUGAAACAAAAUUAAUUGAUGAAGAUUUUGAUGAAAAAGGUGAAGAGAAAAAAUCAUUUAAAGAAAAAUUACAAACCGUUCAGGAUCUAUCAACAUUGGUCAUGUUGAUUAUUGGACAAAUUGCAUCAUAUAUUGAACGUUGUAAAAAUGCCACAAAUUUUACAGUGCCUUAUUUAACAUGGUUAGCCGUUAUCUGUAUGUCAAUGGCAACGAUAGUACUUUAUUUUAUACACAUUCGUUAUCUGAUUCUUUUGUGGGGUAUAAAUAAAUUUACGAAAAAAUUUCGUUCACCAGAUUCCAUUAAUAAUAAUGAAAUUAUUGAUUUUCUAUCCCGUGUACCUGAUAUGGAGGAAAAGAUAAUGUAUAAACAAUUUAAGCCGACUAUUAAUCGAAUACCGGAUGAUGGUGGAACAAUUCAACAACAACAACAACAGCAGCCACAAGGGCAAGGAUCGAUUCCAAUCAAUCAAAAUCAAAACACCCAUUCAAUAGCAACAACAACAACAACAACGAAUCGAUCGUCGCUCAUCUAAUACACAAUGGCAAUGCUGCCAAUCAAUGAUGGAUCGAAAAACAAAACAAAAAAAAUAUUUCAAACAUUCCAUUUUCUGUUUUUUUUUAUUUUUGAUAUUUAAGAAUAUUAUUU